CUCUCUGUUCUCGGAUCGUUCAGCGGCUCUCCUCAUCUUCUUCUUCUUCUUCUCCUCCUCUGCACUCCACUUCUCUUCUUCGUCUUCGUCCUGCCUUCAUCCUGCAGCCGCCGACGUCAGUGGAACGUUUUUUUAUCCCCUCUGAUAUUAAGGUUAAUCCGAUUAUGAAGCUCUUCUCUGAGACGCCUCUCUGUCAAUGACGGCCAAGAUGGAGACUCCUUUCUACCAUGACGACUCGCACGCCGUGCCCGGUUUCGGCCACAUCGCAGAAUACGAGCGCUACCAUGGAAACAAGAUGCUGAUGAGUAAGAAGGCCAUGUCGAUGGGGGGUCAACACUUCUCAGGCGGCGGCGGGAGUUCGUCAGGCGGGAGAGGCGGACACCACAACAACUUGGGGCUUGGCGGGAACAGUUCCCUGAUGGGUUCUGCGGCGUCCUCGGCCGACAUGAACCUGCUGAAGCUGUCGUCCCCCGACCUGGAGCACCUGAUCAUCCAGUCCAAUCAGGGUCUCGUCACCACAAGCCCCAUGUCCAACGGCGGCAACCCUUUCCUCUACCGCAACCAUGCCACAAACGAGCAGGAGGGCUUCGCCGAUGGCUUCGUCAAAGCACUCGCCGACCUUCACAAGCAGAACCAGCUGGUUGGAGGAAGCCCCAUGUCUCCGCCCCCGUCCUCCACCGUCUCCCUGCAGGCGUCAUACCAGAGGAACCUGAUGUCCGGCGGAGACAUGCCCGUCUACACCAACCUCGGCAGCUACAACCCCGGGCAGAUGGCGUACCCUGGGGCACAGAUGGGGUACGGGAGCGGCUCAGGCCACGGCAGCGGCGGAGCCCCUCAGCCACACGCUCGAGGACUGGACGCUCCUCAGACCGUCCCCGAGGUGCCUCACCCACCGGGCGACCCGACAUCCCCGCCCUCUCUUUCCCCGAUUGACCUGGAGACACAGGAGCGAAUCAAAGCGGAACGCAAGAAGCUACGCAACCGCAUUGCGGCGUCCAAGUGCCGCAAGCGCAAGCUGGAGCGGAUCUCGCGGCUGGAGGACAAAGUGAAGGUCCUGAAGAAUCAGAACUCGGACCUGGCUUCCACCGCCGCCAUGCUGCGGGAGCAGGUAGCUCAGCUGAAACAGAAGGUCAUGAGCCAUGUCACCAACGGCUGCCAGAUCACUGUCGGGUCGACCGCCGCCGCCAAGACUGGAGGAGGAGGAAGGGGAGGUACAGGCAGCGAGGACUCCAGCUGCUGAGGAGGCGGAAACCAAGAAGAUGAGGACGCGAAAAUAUCGAGAUGUCACUUUCAGAUUUUGCCGUUUUGUUGCACUCAGUAAAGAAGGUGUGUGUGAUGCCUGAACAGGACAGAUGGAUGAUGGGAUUUACGUUGCCCCGUAAACCACUGUCAAUAACGCAGCUGGAGUGGGUGGGGCUAACAUGAAAGAGGGACGGAUUAAUCCCUAAUGUGGGCAAAAUUCAAUUUUGGACAAAUUUGAAUUUUGAUGAUAAAGUUUAUAAAACAGACAGAAUCCAGAGUUUGACACCUGAACUGGAGUUUGAGUUUGAACGGUGUCGACACAUUCAUAUGACAGGUGUUAUAUCGCCAGGUGUUCAACAUGGCAUUCUGUACAGUUUGAAACACAGCUGUGUCAUCGCACUGGAUAAACUGUUCAGGAAACAGAGGAAUAUAAAGUGGAUUUACUUUGAAAGUAAAAGAACAUGGUUUGAAUAAAGGAAAUGAACAUUUAUACAGUUUCAAGUUUAUCGUUUACGAUGUGUAGUUCAAAGAAGUCAAGAAAAAAAAAUCUCAUGAAUGACUUCAGGAGUUAUUUAUACAUCAGUGUCGAGUGAUCACAUAACUUUAAGAGGAAUUUGAAUUUCCUCGUCAUAAUUUACACAACGUGUUUUCAAAAAGAAAGUUGUACCUCGUUUUCCAAAUCCAAUGAACGCCUCACUCAAACUCUGUCCUCUGAUUACUGUCGUCUCUCUAGUGAGACUCGGAGGUGGUCGGUUUAAAAUCUGAAAGAUGCGUCUGUGUUUUUCUCUUUGUUGCCGCUGGACGCUAAAAACCCUUUAAAGACAAAAAUUAACAAGAAUAAGAGUUUAAAGUUGCACCAUUGUUUGUGACUUCCAGAUGGACCUUUGUGGAUGUUGGAUACCAUCAGGAUACGUCUGCAUGAUUCCAUUUUUUCUUUCAAGAUUCAGUUUGAUAAUCACAUAUUAUUUUGAAGUAGAGCAAUAAAUUCUUAAUAUGUGGAGAGUGAUCCACCCUCAUCGUUGAUUUCUAAUUGACUUGUUUCUUUUACGAGCUGCAGGAGUUUUUAUUUUUGAACAAAAUGAAGAAAAAAUGUCAGAGUGUCAAAGUGUUUAUAUAAAAAUAUGAUGCAUAUAAGAUAUGAUGAUUUAGUAACAUUUACUAUUUUAAUAACUGUCAUGUUAAAAGGACGUCUUUCUGUUUCUACUCAGUGAAAUAAUUUUUUUAUCGGUUUUUAAUUUUUGGAGGUUCAUAUGGAGCACGAUUCUGAAGCUCAAGAGAAAAAAUGGUUAAUAACUAGUUUACUCCUCUAUGGCAUUAUAUGACCUUCUAUUGUUAAUAAUAAAACUAAAGCAACAAUAUGUCGGAAUUCAGGUUGGUACGCUUUGGCGCCCACAGAAGGUCUCUGAGGGAAACUGCACCAACGUGCAUUAGUUGACAAACAGAACGUGUCUCGGACGAAGCCGGCGUAGACGUUGUGAGAAGCCAAAGACUCAAGUCGGCUGACAAGGUACGGUAAUAGUUCUGGAUUUUCUGCUGAUAUGACUCUGCUUGCGUCUGCAGCCCGUAGGUGUAAGGUGGUCAUAAAACUCGAUCUGAGCUGUUUUAAGGCGGUCUUUUUCUCGUCUUGGUGUUACGAUAAAAUGAAUCAUCGCCGGUCUUCAGUCUACAAAUUGUGUUGUUCAAUGAUGUGACCAUUGUCAACAACCAAUAGGAGCAGUCUCUCCAGCACCAAACAGGAAGUUGCCAAUCAUGGCGAGCAAAGCUCUCGCUAACGUGUAAAAGCCUGUCCGAUAUUUACUCUAGUCCGACUUCUUGCUUGCUCACUCUCUCUUUUUUGUAACAAACAGAACAGAGAGGGAUGACUGGCUUCUUUUUAAAACUGAAGGCUGCUGUAUGUGAACUAGUGCCGUUGAGCUGUACGCACUUCUCGCAGCAUGCUGCCAAAGUUACAUCGUGCUGAAAACAGACGAUGGACGGGCACUCUGUGGACAUGAGAGAGACGCCGUCCUAUCUGUUAAAAGUUAUUGUACUGUUAGAUCGACUUUUAAACGAAUAUUUCAAGGUGGACAAGUUGCAUAUUGUUGCUUUAUCAAUAAGAACAAUAAAAACUUAGUUGAAUUUCUAAGAUUGUUGAUUUUGACCAGCAUUUUUUCUCUGUGUGUGUUUCUAAAAAUUCCUGAAAAAUAUUCAGACGCAGAGCUUUAUUGUUGCUAUAACUGCAUUCAGAGAAAUAUGUUUUUAUGGUGUAAAAACACACUUAGAUAAAACACUAUAACACAGCCAGCAUGGGAAAAGUGGGAUUUAAUUUAAGUUUCGAUUGUAAUACCUCAAAUGUUUAUUAAGGAUGACUCACUCCUUGCUGUGCUGUAAUGGAACAAACUGCACUCUGGAUUGUUUUCAACAUAUUAAACAUUAUUUUAAAUGAUAUUCCUGCUUUGGAAAAUGAGGUUCUGAGCUCCUUUAUAGGAGGUUGUGGAUCUGUUCCAGGAGUUCCCUUGGAUCCAGGAUUGGGUGUCAAUGUGUCACUGAGUGUACCUCGAGUUCUUGAGUUGGUUUCUGAGGUCUUUGAAUUUGGUCCUUGGGUCCUCCAGGAGGUUUUUGAAAGCAGUAGAGGUACUCGAGAGGGUGCCUGAUGUCUGAGAGAAGUGAGUAGAGAUCCUGAGGUCAUUACAGAGGUGAAGAAGCUACAAUGUUCAAUAACAUAUUAUUUGCAAACACCUGUAAGUCAAUCAGAGAGCAGGCUGAUAAACUGCAGCGGUGUAAUGAAAAUACUUUGUAACAUUUUAGUGUGCAUUAUUAAUCAAAACUUUAAUUUUCUUACUGACAUCAAACUGUUUAUGCAAUGCAUUUUAGAUUUCUUUUUAAAUGUACAAACUACGACAGGUUAGAUUUUUAAUAUCUCAGUGAAACGGCAAAUUCCUUUAACAGAAAAUACAUUUAAUGUGCUGUGUCAUGUUGCAGAAAAAUGCAGCUUUCAGACAGAAACAUAAAACUGUCACGUAUUGUCUUUGUUAAAAAGUUCACAACUUUGAAAACAAUACAUCAGAGGUUUAAAGGUCACAUAUCCUCCUCGUCUUCAACCAGUUUAAAUAAGUCUCAGAGCUCCUCAAAACAUGUCUGUGAAGUUUCUUGUUCUAAAUCCACUCUGAUCCUGUAUUUGAUCAUGUCUAUAAACCCUUCUAUUUCAGCCCUGCUCAGAACAGGCUGUUUCUGUGUCUGUACCUUUAAAUAUGUAAAUGAGCUGUGUCUGACCACGCCCCCUCUCUGGAAGGGCUAUGGUGGGUCAGUGCUUUCUCGCUCCAUGUCCUAUUGUUUGCGGUGAGAAGGCAGACUCAGAGGGCAGAACAAACACCUAGCUGUGGGAGUGUCACCCACCUGGGGGAGGAGUUACUGCCCUUUGUGAUGUCAUGAAGGGAAAAUCUCCAAACGGCCUGUUUGAGCACACAUUUUCUGAAAAGUGGAGCAGGAUGGUCUUUUCUCAUCAUUAGGGGGUUUGUAGACAGAGUAGAGACACAUAUUGGAGUUAGAGAAACAUGGUGAAGUGGAUUUUACAGAAUAUGUGACCUUUAACAGAAAGUUGAGAAUGAAGUUGGAGUUUUCUGUUUUUUUUAAGCGAGGGGAAACCUGAUGAGAUGUUAUCAGACUUCUUAACAGACUGUUAUCAGUUGUCAUAACAACCAUCAGAUUCCUUCAGAUGGGUUAGGGUUACAAUGAUCUGUAGCUACAUGUCGGAGCAGAAGGUACAUAACCGUUUAUGAGACUAACAACUUCACCAGACCUGUGAGAAUCAUCACAAUCCUCCUUAAAAGUUUAAAACAACCCAAACUGCAGGUUUUAGCAAAAUAAAAACUGGAUCACUGGAGUUUAUCUGAUUUUGUAACAUUUUUCUUUCUUUCUUACAGUCAGAUUUCAAGAUUUGAUCCAGUUAGAUGUUUUUAACUUCCUGCACCAACUUAUUUAGAGCUACGGAAAUCUGAACGAGACACAUUUUUGAUGUAAACAAAAUAUAAUUCUGGGUUCAUUCCACCUCAUCCAAAGUUGAUAAAAACCUAUUUAACCUAAAAUAAGAAGCACCCUAAAAAUCAUAUGAAUACUCCAGCUGAUAUCAUUAAUGAGUUAAUUAAAAGGUUUUUAACUCCUCAACUGAGAGAGAAAGUAAAAUAAACUAUCUGGGAUCAGUGAACAAAUAUUUAUCUUUUUUUAAACUCACGUCUCUGAGUCUAUUUUUGUAAAAAUGUAACAAACAAAAUGUUCUUAAUGCCCUGAAAUGAAACAUAUUUGUGGUUUGAUCAAACACUUCAUGUCUUUAUUUAUUAUGAAGAAAAUGUAUCUUUUUGUUUUUUUAAACUGUGUGUUAAUUUCUUUCUCUCUGUUCUGCUCAUGGUUCUGCUGUUUGAGACGUUUGUGUAAAUAUAAAAUGAUUGAAAUCUUCA